AUGCAGGCUGACCUCGACCUUGCCGUGCCCGGGGGCUUUGAUGCUUUCGCUGACGCGGCGAAUCAGGAGGAGGACACCUCUGGCAUCGAUUAUGUGCACGUGAGGGUGCAGCAGCGCAACGGACGCAAGAGCCUGACCACUGUGCAGGGCCUCAAGCCCACGUACGACAAGAAAAAAGUCCUCAAGGCCCUCAAGAAAGCCUACUGCUGCAACGGCACUGUGGUGGAGGACCCGGAGCUGGGCCAGGUGAUUCAACUGCAGGGUGACCAGCGCAAGAACGUACACGCCUUCCUGACUGGCGAGGGCCUGGUCAAGAAGGACCUGAUCAAGCUGCACGGCUUCUGA